UCACUUUCUGCCCCUGGGAGACUACAGAGUUGAAAUAAUGAAACCAAGAAGCUUUUCAUUAUUUCUCAUGUUGCUUGGGGUUUUCCUGUCAGCCUCGUGGGGAUGGAUGGAAUCAGACAGGAGCAGAAGACUUGAUUUGGAUGCCGGGAGGUUGCACCAAGAGGAAUCCAGAAGCUUUGAAGUUACAAGAAGAAAAGUGAUUUAUGGACAAGAUGGCCUACAUGCAUCAUGUGAAAAGAAAUUCUGUGGGCGGGGAAGUAAGUGUGUGGUUAACAAGGAGACUGAUAAGCCGGAAUGUAGAUGCUUAGAAGAUUGCAAACCUAGUUACAUGCCAGUAUGUGGAUCUGAUGGCAAAUUUUAUGAAAAUCACUGUGAAAUCCAUCGAGCCUCAUGUUUGCAGAAAAAGAAAAUCUACAUUAUCCACAGCAAGGACUGUUUCUUCAAAGGUGACACUUGCACAAUGGCAGGCUACAAUCGGCUUAAAAGCAUUCUCUUGGACCUUCAAGCUCAUCGCCAGAGCAAACUGGGCAACCCUGUAGAGGAUAAAACAUCCCAGAAGCGCUUCUUAGUUGAAGAUAUGUUUAAGUACUUGGAUAUAAACAGUGAUGGACACCUCAGCAGCUCUGAACUGGCUCAGCUAGUGAAAACAGAUGAUCUAGAAGAUGAUUUCUUGGGAUGUACACUAGAAGAUCUUCUCCGAUUUGAUGAUUACAAUAAUGAUGGUUACUUAACCCUGCAAGAACUUUAUACUGCAUUCCGUAAGUCAUGA